AUGGUGUUGUGGAGUGAUGGGUCGGAUAGCAGCGAGCACACCGUGGAGUACAUGAGCUCAGCUUCCGACGACGGCACCAUUAAGGUUCCUGCUAGCACCGAAGAUUCAGAUUUCGAGGGCCCUGAGAUAGAUAUGUAUGUUUUGUGCCAUGGACACGGGAAGGCAGCUGAGAGGCGUGUUGCUUUCGAAGGGAUUCACAUUGGCAGGGGGUUUCUUUGUUGUGCAGAGAAGGAAGGUAAAAACUGUGGACUAGUAGAAUGGAUUGAUCCAUCUUGGCCCAAUACCCUUGAGAAUGCACUGUCCAAGUUAUGGUCUAUGUAUGAACAGAGUAAGAGAGACAGGAAUGAGGAAAGUCUGAUGCAUUCAUUUGCUGUUCAUGACCUGACACAAGAAAAGAAGAAACUCCAGGCCGGCUAUGAGAAGUUGGUUGAAGAGGAGAAGUAUGACACUGUGAAGAACCUAGCAGCUGCUCAAGCUACUGUCAUUAGGAACAUGAAGUUGAAGCUAGCUGAAGAGACGAAGAAUUUGCAGAUCCACAUUGAUGAGCUCAAGAAGACAGUUGAAGAGAGCAAUGUGAAGUUGGAGGGGAUCAAGGCCAUCAUAAAUGGAUAA